AAACCCAAGUAAAACCUUAGGCUAGAAAUGUCGGCGUUAGAUCAGGCGUUGGAUCAGGCGCAGGAUGUGUACUCCUCCACUGUGCACAAGGCUAUCAUUGCUAUCAACGGCGGAGCUUAUGCGUUGCUCCAAGUUGUUACAAACCAGCCAUCCAAAGCAGCAGCUCACAGAUCCAUGACUAUCCUCGGUUUCUUGGUGCUCAAUCUGAUCUACGUCAUCCUUCGAGUCUGCGAAGUCAAGCUCCAAAACAAACCUCUUAUCCGCAGUUUCGUGGGACACACCAGUCAUCUCUUUGGGGCUCUCGCAGCUAUCACGCUCAUCUCCCUUAUUUCGACCAUUUUCACUCUCAUCGUUAUGAGGUCCUCCGCUGGUAAUUUGAAGCAAAAGUCGCCGGUUGGCAGAUCCAGGCCAUCGGUUUCGUUUGAAGACGACGACGACCCUUUCGUCUCCGCCAAAUCAACACCGUCCCACUCUAAUCCUCCAAGCCGUCCGGUUAUCCCUGAACCGGACAGGGAAAAGCUUCCCAAAAGGCUUUACGCCACUGAUUGCUACCCGCCUAUAGGUCGUAUCAAUGCUUACUCUAAGCCGGAGUAUCUUCUCGAUCUUGUCGAGAUCUUAGAAGGUACUAAAGAGUUAAAUUAUCUCCGCGCUUCAUGCUUUGGUCCUCUGUUUCAGCUUCCUGUCCGCCGAUGUUCUUUUUCCGGCAAAUUAGUGCAUCAGAUGUUGUGUAGAGGCCUCUACACAAAGAAAAAACACGAGCUUUGGUUUGUUUUCGCCGGUCAGCCGUUCCGAUUUUCUUUAAGAGAGUAUGCUAUUCUGACUGGGCUUGAUUGUCGGCCGUACUCAAAAAGAUCCGAUAUAUUGAAGUCGCAGCAAAUCAUCGUACCAAAAAAUCCUUAUUGGAAUGUUCUCAUUGGUGAGGAACACAAGGUUGUCCUCAUUAAGGACAUCGUUGAAUGGUUGAGGGCAGACAAGAUGAAGCCCAAAAAAGACAAGAUGGACGACUGGCGAAGGCUUCGUCUCGCGCUUAUCGUCAUCGUCGAAGGGAUACUGGUCUGCAGUUCCCAACCUGUCAAAGCUUCGGUACAAGUUGUUGAAAUGGUUUCCGAUUUGCAGCGUUUUGAAGCGUUUCCCUGGGGACGUGAGUCAUUCCUUCUCACAAUGCGAAUGGUUAAGGUCAGUUCGAAGGUUAGCAGUCUCGCAGGCCUAAUUGUGAAGUUCAACCAGUCUCAUUCUUCAACCCACGGGUUCCCUCUUGUCUUCCAACUGCUUAUGCUCAAGGCCAUCCCCGAGUUUGAAAAAUAUCUUCCUAAUCCUGAUGAUACGCAGACCAUGGGUGAUGGGUCUAUCACCACUUUGCCUCCGUUGAAGACUUUUCACAACUCCAACAUAAUGGAGACAGAGCUGAUUGAGGGGUUGGAUAUUGCCCCCCUGUUGCCUUGUGACGAUCCGCCUCACCCAUCGAUCAACGAUUGGGGCGAUGAAGUCUCUGACCCGGCUUUUGACUAUAUGGAAAGUCUUAUCGGUCGCGGAUACAAGUUCAAACGAGGGGACUGGAGAGGUGGGUGGCGUUCCUGGCCGCCGAUAGUCGUUGAUCAGAACCUCAAAGAAGACAAUGUUCGCAAGCCUAAGAAGGUGUCUUUUAGGCGUCCAAACAAAAACUUUGAAAUCCCUGAGACAUCCCAGGGUGGUCCAUCAAAGGGUAAGGGGAAGGUUACUGAAGACGAAGAUAUCUGUCCACCAAAGGGUCCUGAGGGACAGGAUAUUCUAUAUGCUCUGAUCAUGGAACAUGUUAAUGCGAAAUUUCGUGAAUUGAAGGAUGAAUUGAUUGUUGAGCUUUGCCGGAGGGUAGGUGUUGAGAAGUCUUUGAUGAGAGACGAACUCUUAGACGAGAUCAUUAGCAAUCUGCGCCAUGGGGGUAAGUUUCCAACACCUUCUAGCGGUGACGAUAUUGUCCCCCCCCCCAAGAAAUCUUUCUCACCAGGUAAGGACAAGGACACUGGUGGACAUACGUCUGUCCCCUCAACAGAAGCUGGUGGACACACUUCUGUCCCCUCAACUGAAGCUUCCUCACCAGGUACAAGCAAGGGCACAAUUGGACAGACAUCUGAUUCAACCCAUGUCCAGAUAGAUCCUCCUGCGCCCCCUGGUCCUCAAACCCCGUCUUUUGGUUUGGAUCAGUCGAAGGGGAAAAGCAACACUCAAAUUUUGGAGGAAUUUCAGAAGCAAGCCUGGUCUGAAUACGGCGGAUUGUCUGAUGUUUUACAAAACAUUAGCCAGUCUUAUGCAUCUCCCUCUGGUCCUACUGCUGGUCUAUUUGCGUCUGGUCCUUCUGUUUAUGUUCCUUCUGGGACUGGUCCUUCUGCUUUUGGUCCUUCUGACAUUGUUGUUUCUGCUUCUACUGAUGCUUCUACUUCUAGUCCCUCUACGGCUGGGGUGUCUACACCGAAGUUCUCUGGUGAUCACAAUCCCAAAGACUUCCAAACGCCAUUGCCUACUAUACACGAGGACAACGCAGACGAAAUGGAGGACGAGAUGGUUGUAGAUGAGGUCCUCGAUGCGAAGGCUGCUAAAGAGAAAUUUUCUCAUGAUCACAACCCCAACGACUUCCAAACGCCUCAUCAAGAUAUAGAGGAUGAUGAAACUGAAGAAUCUGAGGAUGGCGAAAAUACGGACCAGGUCCCUGUUGAGAAAUCCGUUGGUGGCUCUGUAAACGUCGAUGUUGUUGUUGAUUGUGAGGAGAGAAAAGAAGAUGUAAUUGGAAAGUCUGUUGGUGUGUCUGAGACUGCUGGUGAGGAUGUUCUUCGAGAGGACAAGUCUCGUUCGGGGGACGAUAGUAGUGAUGGGAGUCAUGGGGUAUCUGAUCCCGAGGAUGUUCAAGAUGACGAAGAUGUAGUACAGGCGGAGGCAAACAAAGCAUGGCCGCCAGAGCUUUUUAAAUCUCCAAAAGCUGCUGAUGUACAACAGGUUGACAGUCAAGAGCCUAAUGCUGGUGGUGGAGUGGCAAAGUCGAAAAAAAGAAAACAUUCUUCUGUUGGUGAUGGUGUUGAAGGGAAUUCUUCUAAGCCGAUGCUCCCUUCCAAAAGGGCAAGGAAUAAACCCCAACGUUUCCGUGACCCAGUCCAAGAAGUCACAGGGACCAACAAUGAUCCGCAAACAACUGAUGAUGUCCUGCACCCAGUUGCCAAAGUUAAUGAUGAGCUCCGGAAAAAAUUCCUGUCCUCUCUCAAAAAUUAUCGCAGCAGGGAGUUCGUUAUUGAUGGACACGUUGUCCCCAAGUCUUUUUUUAAGGAUAUGCACACUCCGCAGCAACCUGUCCACCAAGAGCACAUCGAUGCCAUGCUAAGUCUUUUGGCGCGGAGGUUUGGUGAUGCUUUGGUCCAGGGUAGGGCUGCUAUACUUGAUUCAUGGUUUGCCCUGAAUCUUUGCGACCUCUAUCCUCGUUUCAAGAAGUCUAAAACCAAAUCUGAGUGGGCGUGGAACAGUAAGAUAAGGGACUACGUCAGAGGAAUAGUCCCCGGGAGAUUCAUGAGACAGGCUUGGUUCGCCGAUGUGGACACUCUGUACGCGCCUUUUCAUAUGUCUGGCGGACACUGGGUUGCGCUUGUCAUAGAUUUGAAAGAUGGGACCAUCGCUGUACUUGACCCUAACGAGGGCGCUGAAACCGCCAAACAGAUGGACCAGCUGAUGAAACCUCUGCUUGUCUUGCUUCCUUUUAUCAUCAAAGCGCUUGUCCCCGAAGCUCACCUCGUCAAUCAGCAAGUCCCCCGUGAGUUCGUCUAUGAUUGUCUCCCUGAAAUCCUCCAAUGCGAAUAUGAAGACGACAGUGGUCCUCUUGUUGCGAAGUUUAUUGAACUUCAUUUCCAAGGCAUUAACCACGACACCAUACCCCAAGAUGAUUUCGUGGAGAAUGUCAGAAUGAGAUUUGCGGUCGACAUCUUUGAGGACUUACUCCAUCAUUUCGACCUACCAUCAUCUUGUUUCCCACUGAAUAUGGGCCUGCAUAGUUAUACCCAGCCAUCCAUGAAUUCUUCCCGAGAAUCUCUUAGUUCUUAUGGACCUCUUUAUCCGUCGCCAAUGCCCCUUGAAAAUCUUGGCAUUCCUCGUCACUGUUACUGCGGAGGGACUGUCGUUCUUGCGAAUUCUCUUUCUGAAGACAACCCCGGUAGGCAGUUCUAUCAGUGCGAGAAGAGGGAGGACCGACCCGGGCGCCAUCUUGUUAAAUGGUUGGAUGAAGCGUUUACUGACGAGAUUUCAGCUUUAAAGUGCUCCAUUAGGGAACAGGAAUUAUACCUGAAGUCCUUACUUGUUGCCCCUAACGGGGACCACAUUGAUCUUCCACUGAUGUGCGAUCGGCUUGACCUUUACCACGAAGACAUUAAAUCGCUUCAGCAUACUGUUGGUCUCCUGCAACGCUCCCCUCGUUCCAUUGUCGACGUCAUUCGUUUAUGUCCUCCAAAACUCAUUCUCGUCCUCGCGCUUAUAGCCGCCUUCAUGCUUGGCACUUAUCUUCCCAAACAUCUUAAGCUUGCGAUUGUCCUUCUUGUUGGUAAGUCAUGUUACCGGCACUUAGGACCGCUAAUUCUCUCUGGUAACUCUGGCCGUCGUCUCGCUCUUGAUCCUUAUGUUUUGCGGGAGACUUCUCUGGCUCUCCUUGAAGCGCAUCCUCAAUAUGUUUUCAUCGGUUCACCCAUUCACUUGUUUGUUUUACGGUGUGUAAAGGCUGGCAAUCCCGUUGCUUGUUACUUAGAGAGCAUUAGGCUCGCUGCAGUCGAUGGGUUAAUAAAAGAAGCAAUGGACAUGCUCGCUCUUUUACCCGAUCCAUCCCCCAAAAUCCUAUUCACGAAGGGUCUCUAUCUUGUUUCUGUAAAUCGACCUAUCGAUGCCAUCACCGCCAUGAAUCUAUUCAAACACGAAGUUGUUUCUUCCCGCAACGCUGCUCGUGUGUCCACGCUUGUGAUGUCCGAUAUUAAGAAGAUUGCCCCUGACCAACUUAGAUUCAACUGGACCGGCUAUACCUGCUACUUGAUCCAUCCCCCUCGUCGAUAUUCAGAAUGUUCCAAAUGUAAUUUUUGGAACCCCUGUCCUCUCUGUGUUAAUUGGUGGGUCUUCUGAUUUAUUUUUUUUUCUUUAUAUGGUCUCCCAUCGCUCUUUGUCUUCGGUCUUCGGAGACCUAUUAUAUACUAAUUUUAUAUAUUGUUUGUACGAAUAAGCUGUGAGAUGUGCU